AUGAAGCCCUUUACGCCUUUCCGGUGCGCGAGGAAAGUAAGUGGUGGUGUUUUCGAGAGUCGCAGCAGAGCAGCAGUAGUACUAAUAAUAAUAAACGAGGGACGCUACUUUGUUGUAAAGAGUUUUAUCGAAAGAAUGGGCAUCUGCGCGUCGUCGCCGUCAAAGUCUUUCCUUGUAGGGAAAUCCGGCGGCGACGAAUCCGCUCGCGACGGCAAAACGUGGUACUCGAAACACGUCCAACGAGAAGGCUCUGAAGUCAACAUGUAUUUCGAUAAAGUCGUCUCCGAGGACUAUCACAUCUCGAAGAAGAAAAUUGGAAGCGGGAUGCAAGGUUCGGUGUACGAAGGGACCGCGAGAGGAGAGAAGGAUUCCUUCAAGGGAGAAAAAGUUGCCAUCAAAGAGACACACAUUGGCGCCAUGAACAAGAAUUCGGGCGAGCGAAGGAAAGAAGCGUACGCGGAGUUAGAAACACUCUCUCGAAUGCGACAUCCAAACAUCGUCCAGUUAAUAGCGGCGUAUCAAACGAGCUCGGAGUUACAACUGGUGAUGGAAAAAAUCGACGGGAAAGGUUUGAUUAGCUAUUUGGUAGAAUGCGACGAGAAGUUGGCGAGCGGCGCGCAGACGGAGAAAGAGCAAAGGGAGGAGAAGUUUUCGCUGAUGCGACAGCUGUGCGAUGCGGUGGCGCACGUGCACGCGAGGAACGUGUGUUUUAGGGAUUUACAGCCGGAAAACGUGAUGAUUACGAAUCAGGAGCCGAGACAGGUGAAGUUGAUUGAUUUCGGUCGAGCGGUGGUUUUGAAGAGGAAGGACCACAUGGAAGGGAAUUUACAGCCGAUGGGAACGAGUUUGUUCCAAGCGCCUGAGGUAGAGAAGAGGUGCGAAUACGGCCAAGCCAGCGAUAUGUGGGCGGUAGGUGUGUUUUUGUACCUCUUGAUUAGUAAUAAAAUGCCGUUUUCGAGGACCGUGGAAGGCGUGUACGCGGUUCUGCGAGGAUCGUACGAACCGUUCGACGAGACGUUUAAUAAACAGGCUCGAAGUUUAGUCUCGAAACUGUUGGUGGUGAACCCGAGUUCACGCAUGAACGCCGCGCAAGUGAAUCAGCACAAAUAUUUAAGAAAGUUUGUUCAAAUGAAAGAAGAAUACCAGAAAGCCGGGACAAAUGUGAGCAGAGAGAGGGACAUUUUAGUGCCGGCGACGAUGCAAAAAGACGUCGAGCGGUCGCUGUUGGCGUUGGAAGAGACGAAAGAUAUCACGAAAGAGUGCGUGAAGAUUCUGUGCGAGUUGAGCGCGCAAGACGUGGCGACUUUGAGACGAUGGUUGAACAUGAGUUCGGAGAAGAGCGUGCACGAAGGCAAAGCGAACGUUGGAUUGAAUGUAGAAUUGAAAAAGAAUGGUAACAGAAGAAGGGAGGAAGACGCGGAACACGCGGAAGAGAACAACGGGGACGAUGAGAGCGAAAACGAUGGAGGAGGUUCGAGCAACGAAGGCUCCAGAACGAGCAACGGGUCGUACUCGUGGAACGACGAUUCCACGCACCGAGGGAACGCCAAAGUAGGCACCGGUGGUUUAGCGCACUUGGCGCAUUCGUUUCGAAAAAGUUUAGACGAGGACCCCGAGGCGAGAAGUUUCAUCGGGUUGGUGCACGAACAAGGUUUGAGUUCACUGGACGAACUGAUUACCGCGUGCGUGGCGUCUGGUUUAUUUAAAACUGCGGACCAGUUAGUUGAACUCGAAAGCAACGUUUUAGCGAAAAGGAGGAACAGAUUUGGCGGCGAAAACGAGAUGACGAAAAUCACCUCUUCCAAGAACGCGCAAGAGACGAUUCGAAAUACCGUUUUAGUGCGACACGGGGAUUUACUCCGAUUAGUUGAAACGACGCAACUGGAGCGCAUGAAAGAAGCAUCGUUUAGUGAUGAUGCCGAUAACGGGUCGUCGCCGCUCAAAAAUUCGAAUUCCAGCGCCCCGGCGAUUACGAUGGAGUCGUCUUCUAGUUUCUAUAACGAGGCGAAGAAGAAAAUCAGUCCGGAACGCCUCUCGCGAGACGGUACGAACCCCGCGCAACAACCGCCGGGCUCGUUGGAAGGGUCUCUGAGAGGUGGCAAUUCGUUCAGAAAACCGAGAGGCGGCAUGCCUGCGACGUUAAAUCGAAAACUAGAGGAAGUGAGAAGGGAAGCGAGUCUGGAUAACUUGGCGGCUGGAGGGAACGCGAGAGCUUUGGUGAGAAAUUUUUCGAGCGGGAGCUUAUUAGCGCACAGCGAGUCUAACGAAGAAUAA